CCCAGGUAAGGUUUGGGGGUGGGGGUCUUAUAAGAGGGUCUGACUUCCUGCAGGAAACACUUGGCACAUACAGCCCUGCAAGCCCAGGGAGGCAAGGAACUGACACAAGAGGCUAACAGCACGGAGCUGCUUCCAGACGGAUCCCAGCAGAGAAGAGUCCCGAUGGAUGUCCUGCUGCUCCUGGCCCUCCUGGCAUGGGCGUGGCCCUCCCCUUCUCGGGCUGCUGCGUUCACCUACCAGCUGGCUCGGCCCAGCACCCAGCGGAGCAGCUGCAAACCCGUCCCCAGCAGCAUGACCCUCUGCCACGGCGUGGGCUACAGCGAGAUGCGGCUGCCUAACCUGCUGGGCCACGAGAGCAUGAAGGAAGCGCUGCAGCAAGCCGCCUCCUGGGUGCCCCUGCUCACCAAGCAGUGCCACGGGGACACCAAGAAGUUCCUGUGCUCCCUCUUCGCCCCCGUGUGCAUCAGCGACAUGGAGGAGCCUGUCUACCCGUGCCGGUCCCUGUGCGAGGCGGUGAGAGACGGCUGCACCCCUGUCAUGGCCGCCUUCGGCUUCCCCUGGCCAGAGAUGUUCAACUGCAGCCGGUUCCCGCGGGGGAACGAACUGUGCGUCCCGCCGGCCGGCCCAGACGACAGGCUCCAACUCCCGAAGGAAGACGCCGUGUGCGCAGCCUGCAUCAGCCGAGGGCCCAGCGAAAAGGAGUUCCUGGAAAACUUCUGCAGCCAAGAUUUUGCCUUGAAAAUGAGCAUCAAAGCACUGGCCAGCGAGGACGGAGACUUGAAAGUGAUGCCUGAGCUCAAGAGCCGGACCCUCUACAAGCAGGAAGGCUGGUCGGAAGAAGAGCUGAAGAAGCCCAUCCUGUGGCUGGUGCAGGCAGACCAGGGCGCCGUGGUUCUGGCCAUGGGCCACAAGGUGGCCGGCCGCUUGGUUAUCUCCUGGGUGCGGAGGUGGCAGCGAGGCGAGAGGGAGCUGAAAAAGUUCACCCGGGCUGUCCGGAAGUUCCAGUGCUAAGGGGAGAGAAGUGCUUUGCACUGAGAACGUGGCCCUUCUGCCCGUGCCACGAAUUCUUCCCCCUUAGUACUCCAGCCAGAAAAUGUAUUAGCUGUACAGGGCGUCCCUGCUGUCAGUCGCCCUGGGAUACAUCCCUUCCGC